AUGGGCAUCAAGACUGAUAUCACGCUUUACACUGAAGGCACCCCAAACGGGCUCAAAAUAUCCAUUGCUUUGGAGGAAUUAGGUCUGAAGUACAAGGUCGUCACUUUGGACUUCAGCAAGCAUGAGCAAAAAGAACCAUGGUUCCUCGCCAUCAAUCCCAACGGUCGCAUCCCGGCCAUUACCGAUAAAGACGAACUUGGCCGUGAGAUUCAAGUAUUCGAGAGUGGUGCGAUCCUCGAGUACCUCGUCGCCAGAUACGAUGGAGACCACAAGAUAUCUUAUCCUUACAAGUCCAAGGAACAUUGGGAAAGCAUCAGUUGGCUGAUGUGGCAAGUCUCCGGCCUCGGACCUAUGCAGGGCCAGGCCAACCACUUUACUCGCUACGCACCAGAAAAGUUAAAUUAUCCAAUCAAUCGCUACGUUAGUGAGAGUCAUCGUCUCUACCGCACUUUGGACCAGCAGCUUGACAAUAAUGGAACUGGUUAUAUCGUCGGAGAAAGACUUACCAUUGCAGAUAUUGCUGUUUGGCCAUGGGUAGCUGCCCAUAAUUUUUCCGGGCUUCCCGAUGUCAUGAAGUACAUUCAUAUCAAGAAGUGGUUCAGUAACCUUUUGGGACGACCUGGAUUUGAGGCUGGCCGUAAUGUGCCGAGACCUCACUUUCACAUCACCCUCAAUGACCUGCCUGAGGAGGAAUUGGAAAGGUUCGCAGAGCCGGGCAUUAAGUGGCAGAAUGAGGCUCGGGAGAGGGAGGCUGCAUUGUCAGUAGACCGAAUUGAUACAUGA